UUCGCGCGAACACUUCCAGAAAGCGACCGCAUCCUCCUCCCACCGGGGACGCCCAGGCCAUGUCUUCGCCCCCAGAAGCCGCCUUGUCGACCUUCCCGUCACCGGAGCCCGCAACGCCGUCCCGCUGUCCGAAAGCCAAGAGGCUGCUGGCCGUCAAUCUCCCACGUGCCGAUCCUUCGGGGGCCGAAGUGACCAGUCCCGAGUCUACGCUAGCGUCGCCACCUGUCGACCAGCAUCUCGCUCAACCUCCGCCGGGCACCGGACCCGCAGAAUUCCAGCUUCCGAUAAUCGAACCCGUCGCCUCCUCAAGCGAGCUCGCAGCCCGAACUGCGGGACGCGGGGUCGGUAAAUCGGCGCCAGCGGACGCCGAACGGGCACACGAGUGGGCCGCCAAGCAAGUGGAUGGGCUGCCUGACGUCGACAGUGUAGUUGUCGAGACCGCGCAGGUGCAUGCGCCGUCCGCCGACGGAAACGAUGCCGUGCUGCCCGGCACCGAGCCGUUCGAAAUCGACGAGAGAAACUCGGGGCCUCGCGCAGCCACACAGCAGCCGUACGCGCUGUCUGCCAGGGAAGUGGUCGAGAAUGGUGGACCAAACGACACCGGCAGCGCCUUGAAAGAUCAGCAGCAGGAGGGGGAGAGCGAGCAUUUCGAAUCCUCCGCACUGCACCGGUGGCGAAAGGCGCCGCCGGCGGCCAGAGGGGGAAUACUGCCCAACUGGCUCAAGCAGAGACUGCAGCAGGGGCAAACCGAUGGAGAGGAGCAGGAGAGCAAGAAGAAACGGCUGAAGUGCAACGCUGACCAGCGCAGCCGACUCGCGCUGUCGUCCGUGGCCGCCGUGCUGCUUCUCGCACUGGUCCUCUGGCUCGGUGCAAAGGACACGGCGUUCGAUGUGACGUCAGUGUCGCUUUGCACGACUUCCGAGUGCCGCAUGCACGAGCACUCCCUCGUUUACGUCGCAGACCCGACGGUCAAGCCCUGCGAGGACUUCUACGCCUACGCGUGCGGGAAGUGGAGGCGUCUGAUGGUCCUGCCGUUCGACCAGCACAUGCACCGACGCGCCACCGUCGCCGUGAAAACUACCUACGAUAUGUCUGCCAAGGAGCCCGACGCCACAACCAGCACCUUUCUCUCGGCCUGCCUGAGUCCCGAAUCGAGCAAUGUGAGCCACAGCGUGAAGCAGUUCCUCUCCUGGAAGGAGUCUCUGCGACUGCCGUGGCCCGCCAGUGCCACCUGGGAAAAACCGCCGCACCCGCUCGACGUGCUCCUUGAGCUGGCCAUCAGCUGGAACAUCAAUGUACUGUUCAAGGUGCACGUGCACGCAAGCGCCGGCCGCCGCGCACAGACUGUGCUGGCGCUAUCCGCCGGAGAAAUGGACACCGUCUGGCAGCAGCUGCGCCUGAUACGCAUACGGCAGAACUCGUACAAGGACUACUUGGGCGACCAUCUCGAGCUGCUCGGUUCACCCCCGAUCCGAGACGACCGGAGCUUUCGCGAGCUUUUCGACGCCGAGGAACGGCUGUUGCAUGUCCUGCGGGCUGGCCUCUUCAGAACCCAGUCGUGGUUUCCGCUGUGGCAGUUCCAACAGAUGACCCCGUCACUGCGGCCCUAUGGCUUGUGGUUCCAGCUCCUGCAGAAGCACCUGGUGGACCAUGUGCUGCUAUCUCCCGAUGACACCAUGGUGGCGCACAGCACGGAGAUGCUAGCCGAACUUGACGCCUUGCUGAGGGACUACGCCGACAGGGCCGAGAAGCUGCUAGACGCCGUUGCGUGGACCCUAGUGCAGACCUACCUGUGGGCCAUGGUUUCAUCGCCGAGUACAGCAUUCGGCAGUGGCAGCAUGAUGAUCUAUACCCUCUUUCAUGUGCGCCAAGCCUGCCAAAAGCUGGUCGACUCGCGCCUAGGACUACUCCGCGCUGCUCCACGUAUCGUGUAUCGACACACGUACACGACUCGCGGCCGGAUAGACGACAUGUUCACCGCGAUCGCAACAGCGGCCAAGGAGAACAUCGCUAGUCUGCGCUGGGCACGCGACGACGCCAAGGCGGAGGCCGUACGCAAGCUGGACUCGAUGACGCGCGACAUCUUCCCCAACGACGUCUUCUUCCACAAGGAAGGUCGGCGCUCGCUGUACGAAGCAUUCGCUCCCAAGGACCCUGAGUCGAGCUUCGUCGUGCGCUUCCUCGAGGCCAGCGCCGUGCUGCGCGACUUCCUGGCGACCGACGCGUACGAGGACGUUUACCGGCGGCGGAUGGGCGAAGGCGGCGCGGCGCUGUUGUCCUACGAGUACUACAGGAACAUCUUGCGCGUGUCGUUGGAUGCACUCGAACGCCCGCUGUACACCGUAGGUGGCACGGACGCCAUGAACUACGGCGGCCUCGGGUCUUACGUUGCCCGCGAGUUGACCCGCUCGUUCGACCCCGUCGGCAGCACCGUCGACUCGACGGGCACUUACAGGCUCUGGUGGGGUCCCAACGUUUCAAGCGGGUACUUGAAGAAAAUGUCGUGCAUGAAUAAUUGGACGCGAGAAGCCGUCCUCGACGGCACGACACCCUCGAGCAACCGUCCGGUGUUCAGCCUUUUCCCGCACCUGCCGGCUGUGGAGACGGCCUUCCGCGCGUACAAGCACGCCAGGGAGAAGAAGAAGACGUCGGACGGGCUGCAGUUGGCCUUGCUCGGGCAGAUGUCUGGCGACCAGGUCUUCUUCCUCACCUACUGUCACGUGCUAUGCGCCACCGAGGAAGGAACAGGUGACGCUGAAAAGGCCUGCAAUGUACCACUGGCCAACUUCGCAGCGUUCGCGAACGCGUUCCACUGCCCAGUCGGCUCGCGCAUGAACCCGAAGGUCAAGUGCACUUUCUUCGAGGACGACGGUUGAAGGCGCAUCGUAGCUAGACUGCGACACGUCAGCCGCGUGAUCCCCAUCGUGUCGUCUAAUAUUUUUCCCGUUUCCUUAUGAGGCCGCUCAAAUGACUUCUUGUUAUUGCGCUAAAAGUGCUCCCUUAUACAUGUUCCUGCUCGACGCCUGCGUACUGCGUGGAAGCACACAAGAACAGCCAUUAUGCGAUUUAUUGAAUCUCGCCGAUUUGCUUCGAAUUCUCUAUAGCUUCUUUUUUUUCUGUUCAUCAUUUCACAUACAAUGCCACUGACGGGCAAGUCCCAUCUUGCCAUGUUUAUCACGUCGGCAUUGCAUGGGACAUUCUUAGAUGUAAUAAAUUACUCGUGUA